UGUCAGUGAUUACUCCUCUUCCUACCUGCUGUUUGUCCACAGCUCUGAGCUCAGUUCAUCGGUUUUUGGAUUUAUUCUUCUUACUUCUGAACUUCCUGCAGCUCCUGGUGUUUGUGGCGCUCUGCUGGCAUCACUGGCUCCUCUCCCUCUCUCUGCUCUCUGCAUCAAACCCACGGAGCUCGCGCGGCUCUCUUCACACUCCGUCCGUCCACACUUGGAGUUUCCACGGAGCUGCUGCUGCUGCGGCCGAACCGAGCCGAUCCGCUGCGGGUUACCUGCGCGCGCACUGCGGUGGGACCAGUCGCUCAGGGAGGGGUCGCUCCGGUCACCAGGGCGCACUGAGGAGGAGACGGAGGGUCUCCAGUCUGACUGAGGAGGAGGAGGAGGGGGAGAAGUUGGCUGGUUUCAGAACUGAGCUGGAAGUUUCUGAGGAAUAAUUCGGAGUCCGGUUCGGUUUUGGGUGUCGUGGAUUUUUCCGUCCACCCGGUCUCCUGAGCGGAAGAAUGGUGAGAGAUUACCCGGCGCGCGGCGCGGCUCCUCCGGGGCUGAGCGGCUGGAAGCUGGCGGUGGUCCUCCUGGUGGUCCAAGGUGUGGGGGCUCAGAAAGUGCGGGUGGAGGAGGAGCUGGAGGCGUACCCCACGGAGUCCAUCGAUCUGCGCUGCAUGUUCAUCGAUGGAGGAAGUUCCACUAAACUCACGCAGGUCUCCUGGAUCUGGGAACCUGUUGACGGUCAGCGGGACAACAUCGCCGUGUUCCACCCCAUGUACGGCCAGAGCUUCCCCAACCCGGCCUUCAAAGAGCGCGUCGUUUUCCUCCACAACGACCUGCGGAACCCCUCCAUCAAGAUCAAAGACCUGAGGAUGUCCGACGCCGGCCGCUACACCUGCGAGUACGCCACCUACCCCACCGGCAACGAGCAGGGGACCACCACGCUCGUCAUGCUGGCGAAACCCAAGAACUCGGCCAAGGCCGAGACGGUGCGGGCCGGCAGCAGGUCUGUGGUGGUGGCCCGCUGCGAGGCGCUGGACGGGAAGCCAGCGGCCACCAUCAAGUGGCUGGCGUCGGUGGGGGGGAACCACUCGACCAGCACCACCAAUGGGCCGUACGGCACGGUGACGGUCCGCAGCGAGUACCGGCUGGUGCCCACGGCGGCGGACAACGGCAGGGAGGUCACCUGCAUGGUGGAGCAGAAGACCCAGGAGCGGCCCUGGACUCAGAUCCUGAAGCUUUCUGUGGAGUACCCCCCCACCGUGUCCAUAGAGGGCUACGACAACAACUGGUACGUGGGCCGCGCCGACGCCGUGCUGUUCUGCCUGGCCAACGCCAACCCCGCCCCCAACGUCACCUGGACCUCGGCUUCUGGUUCGCUGCCAAACAACGUGGAGGUCGACGACAACAAGCUGACGGUGAGGAAGGUGGACGACGCCGUCAACACCACCUUCAUCUGCGAGGUCAGGAACAAGCACGGGGCCAGCAGACACCAGCUCACCACCUUUGUCAUCG